GCCGCCGCAGGCUGCGCGCGCCUCUCGGCCGGCCGGGAAGGUCCGUGCCGCGGCGAGGGUGCGCUGUCCGCGGGCUGGCGCGCGUCCGGGUCCAUGGGUCUCCAUGGCGACGGCGGCGGGGGCCCGGCAGCCCGAGCGGGGCCGUGGCAUUCCGGGGGCCUCCGCGGCAGCGUGGCCGUGUUCGCCGCCGUGGCUGCCGUGUUCACUCUCACGCUGCCCCGCUCGCUGCCGGGGGGAGACUCGGGGGAACUGAUCACAGCCGCACAUGAGCUUGGGGUUGCCCACCCUCCCGGCUACCCUUUGUUCACACUGGUGGCCAGCCUGGCGAUCACACUCUUCCCAUUUGGUUCCGUUGCCUACCGAGUCAAUCUCCUCUGUGGCUUAUUUGGAGCGGCUGCUGCUUCCCUCCUUUUCUUCACCGUUUUCAGGCUUUCUGGCUCACAUGCUGGAGGAAUCCUUGCUGCGGGGGUGUUUUCAUUUUCUCGACUAACAUGGCAGUGGUCCAUUGCAGCUGAGGUUUUUAGCUUAAACAAUCUGUUUGUGGGGCUGCUCAUGGCACUUACUGUGCGUUUUGAGGAGGCGGCAGCCGCAAAGGAAAGAUCAAAGAUAGCAGUCAUUGGUGCCUUCUGCUGUGGCCUUAGCUUGUGUAAUCAGCACACAAUAGUGCUCUAUGUUUUAUGCAUAAUACCCUGGAUUCUCUUCCGGCUUCUGAAAGAAAAGGAACUCCCCUUCAGCUCUCUGGUGAAGCUGACUCUGGCCUUCUCUGCCGGCCUGCUGCCCUACGUCUACCUGCCUGUAUCAUCCUAUCUCAAUCACGCCCGCUGGACCUGGGGAGACCAGACGACACUUCGAGGUUUCCUGACGCAUUUUCUCCGGGAAGAAUAUGGAACAUUCAGCCUGGCCAAGUCUGAAAUAGGAUCCAGUGUGUCUACAAUACUGCUCUCACAAAUAAUAAAUAUGAAGACCGAACUUUCAUUCAACAUCCAAGCUCUUGCAGUUUGGGCAAAUGUAUGUUUAGCUAGAAAGGACAGACGGCAGUCUUCAUUAGUGUGGCUUUUCACUGGAAUGCUUUGCAUUUACUCCUUAUUCUUUGCUUGGAGAGCAAAUUUAGAUAUUUCAAAACCACUUUUCAUGGGUGUGGUGGAGCGGUUCUGGAUGCAGAGCAACGCAGUGGUGGCGGUUCUCGCUGGCCUCGGUCUGGCCACACUGGUGUCUGAGACUAACCGCGUGCUGAGCUGUAAAGGGACUCGCUAUCUGGAGUGGCUGUCGGCAGCGCUGUUUGUAGCUUAUCAAAUAUUCUCCAAUUACAGCAUUUGUGACCAAAGAACCAAUAACGUGAUCGAUCAGUUUGCCCGAAAUCUUCUGGACUCCAUGCCUCGUGAUGCAAUCAUCUUACUCAGGGGAGAUUUGCCAGGGAAUUCUCUCCGCUACUUGCAUUACUGUGAGGGGCUGAGGCCAGACGUUUCCCUAGUGGAUCAAGAAAUGAUGACUUAUGAGUGGUAUUUACCCAAGAUGGCAAAGCAUCUACCGGGAGUGCACUUUCCUGGGGACCGGUGGAACCCCGUGGAAGGGGUCCUACCUAGUGGAGUGGUCACAUUCAAUCUUCGCCACUUCCUUGAAAUGAAUAAACAAAAAGAAACAUUUGUUUGCAUAGGAAUUCAUGAAGGUGACCCAACUUGGAAAACGAACUAUUCACUUUGGCCAUGGGGAUCUUGUGACAAGUUGGUUCCUUCAAGGACUGUGUUCAACCCCGAAGAGUGGAUUAAACGCACACGAAGUCUUUAUAACUGGACUGAAGAAUAUGGAAGAUUUGAUCCAUCUUCUUGGGAAUCCGUGGCUAAUGAGGAGAUGUGGCAAGCAAGGAUGAAAACACCAUUCUUCAUCUUUAACUUGGCAGAGACGGCCACGGUGCCUCCAGACGUGAAAGCACAGCUCUACACUCAUGCAUAUAAAAAAACCUGUCAGGAUAACAAUGGACUCCCUACACUUGCUGUCUUCCAGCUUUACAAGGAGAUAGUGUACUUGCGAGAGGAACACCCAGUGAAUUGGCAUAAGAACUACGCCAUCGCCUGUGAGCGGAUGCUGCGCCUUCCAGGGACAGACGCAGCCCCUCAAGUCCUGCUCUCUGAGACCAUCAGACAUUUUCGUCUCUACACUCAGAAAGCACAGACUGAUCCACAGCGAGCAGACAUCAUAGCUGCUCUCAAGCACCUCCAAAGAGAACUGCAAAGUCUAAGAAAUACAAAAAAGGUCUGAGCCAGCAAGUGGCAGCAGCCCUGCUCAUGUUCUGCUUCCAGAGUUGCUCAAGUCCACAGCUUUUUCCUUCAAGUAAAGAAGAUGUAUCAAAAAAGUCGAGAUCUCAGUUAUCUCCUGGAUAUAAGUAACACGUACAGCAGAAACAUGUUAAUAGCUAAAAUGUAUGCCUUAUGCAAAGUUAUGUUUAUCUCAUAUUGCCAAAUUAGCAUUUCCAUGAGAAGUGUUCAGAAACAUCUGCAGUUUUCAUAUAGUGGCUGUAGGUUCUAGAUGAGAAGGAACUGUCUCCACAGACCUAUAAUGUCUGACCAAGUCUUUUGAGGGCUGUGAUUAUUGGGAUCCAUUUAAGAAGAUAUUCUUAAAAUACUCAUUCCAGACCAAAGGCAUUUUCCAUUUCCUGAAAGUGAGAUGGUCUCUAAAGACAAAUCUUGUUAUACCUCGUUAGAAUUCCUUUUUUCUUUAGUUAACUAUAGUUGUUGGAGUCUGAAACUUUAUCCUUUAUACCAAGUAUGUGGGGUUUUUUUUAAAGUUUUGAGUUUUAGCAUCUUCAUUCUGCAGUCACUGAAAAAGAAAGCUAAUUUCAUGUUUGCUUAUUUCAGUUGCAGAAACAGGCAAAUUAAAAGGCAUUUAACAUGUCCUUAAUUAAUUUCAUAUUUAUGUUUCACUUCUAUUUGGAUUCACAGUUCUAGACCCCAUAAUUAGUAGGGUAGCUAGCUGCCCGGAUGCACAAAGGGGCGUGGGCAAGAGUGGGGGUGGGGAGGUUGUUGAGUAAAUUCAUUUCUGCUACAGGCAUCUUUUAUACAUCUUACUAAAGGGAACAUGGUAAGAAAUGCAAAUAAUAAUAGUUCUUUAUUUAUUAUGACAGUUAAUUAAUAGCAACCUGUUUUAAUGAAUAAAGUCACUCAGAGUCCUUCAGCACUUCCUAAGUAAAGGCCAGAAUCUGUAGGGAUUCUUUUCCCGAUUGUAUGGCUCCUAGACUCCAAGCACUAUAUAGGCCCUGUAUAGAAAUGCUCACUAAUGAAGAGGGAGGGCUAGAAGCUUGUCUGCAUUCAAAGAUCACUGGUGAGUCAUUCAGCAAGAAAAGGCCCCUUACCAGGAAUAGUCACAGUUCCGUGGCAUUGUACUAGCAAAAGGGUCUGAUCAAAGGUCUCCCGUGGAGCUUGCAUGGUUCCCUUUCAUACUACGACCAUAAUUAAAACCACUAAUUCUCUUUUAAAAUGCUGCAGGAUGCCAUGUAGGCAUCUGUCUGGAGUGUCCUUUGUGAUGUCAUAAGCUGUUAAGGACCAGUGCCGAGGGCUUUUGAGUGAAAUGCCAGUCAUGAAGGUGCUUCAAGACAAGGGUGCCUCUAAAAGCUUGACAGGGCCUUGACUGCACAAUUCGAGCUGAAUUUGCCCCUUGUCAGCUGCCAGUAAAUAAAUCUCAAAGGGGAAAAGCUGGAGUUUCAUUACCUGAUCCAUGGGGCUUUGUUGGUUUUGGCAUCACACAGGGGAAGCUCUUGCUCCUCCAUUCUCUGGAUUUGAAGAUGUCCAUUGGAGCCUGCAGUGCCUGGACAGGGUUCAGAGCGGAACCUUUUGAAGAGUGUCAAUAGUUGUAACAGUUCAGCUGUUAGGAAGACAAAUACAUGGAGGAGCUCAUUAAUCCGCUUUUGGCUCCCGGUGCCUUUUGCCCUUUUUAUCACAGCCUUAUUAGGCUCCUGCUCAUCUUGAACCAGAAAAAACUGAAUUGAAGUUGUUGAGUACUAAUUGGCAAAGACUUUUAAUCAUGGGCCAAGAACUUUCACUGACUUGAAAGUAACUUCUCCACAGGGAAGAGCCAGAAACCUGGUUCACCUUAAAACAAAAACCUGUUGGAGCUCAGUGUGGUGUGAAAAUUGAAGGAAGCGUCGAUAAAUUGUCUCAGUCUACCCGUUCCAAAGAAAUUAUGUAAGAUUAUGAUUUUCACUUGUCUGGGGGAAGAGGAAAAUAAAGUUCAAACAUUUCUUAAGAAAGUC